AUGAAGUUCACUUUGGUCUCCUCCGUCCUCUUCCUGGCCACCGCUGCCAUGGCCUCUGAUGUGAACUCCAUCGUCUCCGAUGUCGAAGGCGUCUACUCCACUGCCGUCGGCGGCAGCGAAUCCCUCGGAUCCGAAGUCGCCUCCAAGGCCACCUCUCUCGGGGAAGCCGCGAGCUCCGCCGGAUCUGGUGUCAUCUCAUCUGCUAAAAGCGAGGCUUCAUCCCUUGGCUCUGCCGCUGCCUCCGAAGCCAGCUCCAUCGGCUCUGAGAUCACGAGCCGGGUUGUCACCGCGGUUUCAGCUCAGACUACCAAGACUGACUCCGAGGGUAAUCCCACCGCUACCGAGUCCACCACCAUAGUCAGCACAUCCACUGGGUCUCCUUCCGGCUCUGCCACCCCCACUGAUAAUGCCGCCUUCGCUCGUCCCACGGCUGUCGGCGCUGUUGCUGCUGGUAUGGCCGGUCUCCUUGGUGUCAUGGUUGCACUGUAA